AAAUGUGGCAUCCUUGGUCUGAUUGGACGUUCAUUUGCGUGCAGGAGGAUUUGCGAAAUUCGGAAGGAAUUUGCAUUGUUUUUCAUGCAUUUCAUUCCAUUUGCGAGUGUUGAUAUUGAAUAAUGGCACAGAAAAGGAGUAAGAUGUGCUCACAUAUCGGCAAUCAGAAUGUUUUGGAGAUAAAGAAGCUUGAAAAGGUAAAGACUUGUGCGGAUUGCGAUUAUUCGGGACCGAAUUUAUGGAUCUGUCUGCAACGCAAUUGUUUACGCGUCGGGUGCUCUGAGCAAGCGAAUGACCACAGCACUGAACAUUUUCAACUGAACAACUGCCAUUGCCUUCACAUGAACAUGUCAUCCCAGAGGCUGUGGUGUUAUUUAUGUGAACGAGAAGUUUUUAUUGACGCGAAGCCAACUUUGACAGAAGAUCCUUUCUUAACGGCUAUGCGAUCCACAGUCGUAAUGCCAAGAGAUGAAAAUGAUAACAGUGCUGGAAAUGAUGGUGAGGAAGAAGAUACUGAGCAGAUUCCAACAGUCACUACGGGGUUGGUUGGGUUGCAAAACAUCGCUAAUACUUGUUACAUGAACUCUGCUCUUCAAGCUCUUAGUAACGUGCAGCCUAUGACACAUUACUUCCUUAAUUGCAGUGAUUUAGUGGAGCAUAUUGUUGAACAAAGCUCUAGUCGCAAUAAAGUCGGUCUCGCUAAAAGUUACCAGCGUUUAAUGCAUGAUAUAUGGUGCAGAAAUGGUUUUAGUAAAGAUUACAUUGCACCUCGGGGAAUAUUGUAUGGAAUUCGAAGCGUCCACCCGAUGUUUCGUGGCUUUCAGCAACAUGAUACCCAGGAAUUUUUACGUUGUUUUAUGGAUCAAUUGCAUGAGGAAUUAAAGGAAAAUAGCCCUAUAUUACCGAUAAUCUCACGGGCUAGAGAUGCAGUAGCUAAAAUGCAUACAUCAGAGGAGAACGCCGAAAGAGACUCUGUGUCUCAAUGUAGUUCCGUUUCUGACUCUGAAUAUGAAACAUGUGAUAGUAGCCUUUCUCAACAUUCGACCAACUCAAGGGACAAUUACAUUAUAAUAAUUCAGAACGAAACCGAAGACCAAAAAAAAACGCAUUCAAGUUCAUCUCAGCCACAAGCAGUCGUUCAUUCUAUUAUAAGUGAUAUAUUUGAUGGAAAGUUACUUUCCUCAGUGCAAUGCCUAACUUGCGAUCGGAUAUCGACACGAGAAGAAACUUUCCAGGAUCUAUCGCUCCCCAUUCCAAACCGGGAUUACUUAAAUAUGAUUCAUCAAACCCACAGUUUAAGUGCCCAAAGUCUUAAUUCAAUCGACACUUUGGCACCAAAUAAUUCAGAUGGCUGGUUUUCCUGGUUUUGGAAACUAUUUCGUUCUUGGUUAUGGGGUCCUUCCGUAACGUUAUAUGACUGCAUGUCAAGUUUUUUUAGUGCAGACGAACUCAAGGGCGACAACAUGUAUAGUUGCGAAAGAUGUAAUAAACUAAGGACUGGGAUUAAGUACUCACAAAUUCUGGAACUGCCUGAGGUACUAUGCAUCCAUCUGAAAAGAUUUCGACAUGACCUGUCGUAUAGCUCGAAAAUAUCUUCGCCGGUUCAAUUUCCACUGGAAGGGUUUGAUAUGAAACAAUAUUUACAUAAAGAUUGUAAAUCGUCUGUCACUUCUUAUAAUUUGGUUUCUGUGAUUUGCCAUCAUGGCACAGUAGGUGGUGGUCACUAUACCUGCUUUGCGCGCAAUCCUGUUACAGAUCGUUGGUAUCAAUAUGAUGAUCAACACGUUACGGAAGUACCACCCAGCGCUAUUCAGAAUUGUCAAGCUUAUGUAAUUUUUUAUAGAAAACAUAACCCGCAAAUGGAUUUUAUACGAGCGAAAGCAAACGAGAUAUCUGUUCUAAAUCCCGUACACACAGCAGAAAUACGGUUUUACGUAGCGCGGGAGUGGUUAUCUAGAUUUAGUACGUUUGCAGAGCCUGGACCAAUUAAUAACUGGACAAUACUAUGUUCCCAUGGUGGUCUCUUACAGUCAAAGAUGGCUUUGCUUGAUCAGAUCGCUGUACCAAUAUCUCAACCCUUAUGGGACUUUCUAUAUUGCACAUUUGGUGGCGGUCCAGCGAUAAAUAUGCUGUUUGAAUGUGAAAUUUGCAAAAGAGCAGCUGAAGCUUUAAAAAGACGUCAGAUUUACGAACUAUGUGUGUUCACAAAAUUUACAGGCAUGGAUGCAGAACCUGACUGUGGUGCAAUAUAUGCCAUAUCAAUGCCAUGGUUACGAAAAUGGCAGCAAUUUGCCCGCGGUGUUACCCAUAAGGAACCAGGUCCUAUUUCUAAUGCUAACAUUGUUCUGACGACAGAUGCGAAUCAAACGUCUACAAUACGACAAGUGCGGCCGGGUUCUGACUAUGCUCAGGUGAAUGCUCUUUUAUGGCGAUUUUUCUAUGGAAUUUACGGAGGUGGACCGGAAAUAAUGCUUCGUGGGUCGGUUACUGAAGAGAUUGAAAUCAUUGACCAGGAUGAAGAAGACAAUUGCGACCACCUGGCGGAUAAAUUAAAUUUUUCGGAUACUGAAAGCAAUAUUGGAAAUUUAAAUUCUGUUGACUUGAACGAAACAGAACUUACCCAAGAUAACCUCGUUUCCGAUAAUAAUAGUUUAGAGGCUGGCACACGCUCGCCUACAAUACGAGCGAAUUAUGGGAAUUUCAAAGAAAAUAGACAUGUAAAACACUAUGUAACCAAUGGAAAAAAAUUACGGCCCCCAUUACUUAGAAAUAGUCUUCGUAAAAAAAAUACCAAAGGUAGAAAUGCAAUCAAAAGUGCUUUUGGACCGACAGGAAACUAUAAUUCUCGUAAAAACUUCGACAGUGUAGAAAAUGCUCCAGAGGGAAAGGCGCACACACAUUCCACAUACACAAAUGAUACUGAAUCCGACUCAAAACAGAGUGCAUUUAGGGUAAAUCAAAAACAAUCAUUCCCAGCUCAAAAAAAGUCCAGGAAACCUUAUACAAAACACAACUAUAGUGAAAGCUUAGGAUCUUAUUCUGAAGAAAUUGUAGCUGUUCAUGCGGGGCAUCCAAGAAGUAGAUCAAAGAGCAAAGAUAUUAUCACUCUUCAGAAAUUUGUUCAAUUGCCAGAAUCCAGUGAGUCCACCGAAACUGAUAUUUAAAAAAUUCCUAUUUUCGGUAUGGUCAUUAUAAUUUUAGUUGAGUUAAUUAUGUUGGGCAAUAUGUGUAUCUAUGUAUUUUUAUAUUAGUAAGUGUUUUAUAUAUAUGUAAAUUUGUCAAUGUAUGUACAUAUGUACUUCAAUAAAGAAUGUGUCGAUUAGACAGAGGCUAUUGUAUACAAUCA